AUGCAUACAGCUACCAACUACUACCUGUUCAGCUUAGCCAUUUCUGACCUACUGUUGCUGACCUCAGGGCUGCCUCCUGAGAUCUACAAGAUCUGGUGCAGGUACCCGUACAUCUUUGGAGAGGUCUUCUGUGUAUUGCAGGGUUUUGCAGCAGAAACUUCAGCCAAUGCAACGGUUUUGACAAUCACAGCCUUCACCGUGGAAAGAUACGUGGCCAUCUGUCAUCCGUUCCUCUCCCACACGCUGAGCAAACUAUCGCGGGCCAUCCGACAUAUAGUGGCCAUUUGGGUCAUGGCCCUUUGCUUGGCCGUACCGCAGGCCAUGUCGUUCGGAGUCGUGUGUGAAGUGAUCGCUGGCGAAAUGCAUACUGACCAUUGCUUGUGUGUGCCGAAACGGACAGUGUUGCCGCACGCUUUCGAGAUAUCGACGUUCGUAUUUUUCGUGGCGCCUAUGUCUAUGAUCACUGUGCUAUACAUCCUGAUUGGGGUUAGUAUAAAUUACAAUUACAGUCGAAACUAA